AUGGCUGGAGAUCUGAGCCAUUUGGUUUCCAUCUUAAUUCUUAUACAUUCAAUCCAGAAGAAGAAGAGUGCCAAGGGCAUAUCCUUGAAAACACAGGUGCUAUACGUCAUUGUUUUUGUGACAAGAUACUUGGAUUUAUUUACCACAUUCAUCUCAGUAUACAACACACUUAUGAAGAUAUUCUUUAUCGCCUCUUCCAUAUACGCGGUUUAUCUUCUCAAAAAGUACUCCAGCGAGAUAAAAGAGAAUGCGGACAUAUUUCCUGUUCAGUAUCUAUUACUGGGUGCAGCUGUGUGUGCUCUUCUUUUCCACUACAGCUUUUCCCCAAUUGAGUUACUCUGGAGCUAUAGUUUAUGGCUUGAAUCUGUGGCUAUUUUGCCCCAAUUGUUUCUUCUAGAAUCAAAAGGUGAGGCCGAGCUUUUGACAAUUCACUACAUUUUUGCUUUGGGACUCUAUAGAGCAUUGUAUAUUCCAAACUGGUUCUACAGAUAUUUCACCGAGGGUCGUCUUGACAAACUUUCCAUUGUGACUGGUAUCAUACAAACUUUGGUCUACUCUGAUUUCUUUUACGUUUACUACAAGAAGGUUAUCAAAAAUAGUGUCUUUAGCCUUCCUCAAUGA